CACUGAAUUCUCUCAGCAACAUGUGGUACCAAUUGAACAUACCUCCUGCUUACUUUUGCCCAACAAUAGUAGAGUCUAACCUCCUGACUUGUCAUGGCAGGAAAAAUAUAAUUGUGGAGCUUAACGAGUCGUGUGAUGCUACACCAUGUGCUACCACCCAGCCCGGAUGUGACAACCGCACAACCAAACACCUCCACCUCAUCUGUGAAUGUAACUUCAUCCACCUCACCUGUGAAUGUAACUUCAUCCACCUCACUUGUGAAUGUAACUUCAUCCACCUCAUCUGCAAAUGUAACUUCAUCCACGCUGACAGCAACAUCUCCAGCUCUGAAUGCAACCCUCACUACUGUCCCCGAGUCAGCUGAAAGCCAAGCCAAUGCACUGCUUGAGUUGACCAAAGAUAUGUCCAAGGUGAACUCCAGCCAGGUGCGUCAGCUGGUGUCAAAGCUGGAGAGACUUUUGUCGGGCCCAACGGUCAGCUUUGCUCUCGGAAACAUCUCCGUCCACAUUGUCAGCAAUCUGCUCGGUGCCACUCCUGAGGUGCUGUCCGACUCCUCCAACAGUAUUAUAGGGGUUGUUGAUACCGUGGGGUUGAAGCUGGUCCUUGAUGGAAAGGUUGAGAACCUCCUUUCCUCCGCUGUGGCUCUGUCUGUGAAACCAGCAGAUGGCAGCAACUUCCAGGAAACAGUUUUCUCCAUCUCAGACCCUAAGACUGUACAGGUCCGUGGGGGUCCCAGCAGGCCCAGCAGGAAGGUGAGAGCAGACACCCCCCUCCCGCAGGGCUCAAUCAAGCUGCCCCCCUCCCUCACUGAGGACCUGACCAGCCAGGAGCAGCAGCUGGUCUCAAGAGUCCAGUUCAAUUUCUACCAGAAGGACACAGUUUACCAGGACAGCUCCUUGAGAGGCAAACGCAAACUCAACAGUGGGAUCCUGGGAGCGAGUGCGGCCAACCUGACGAUAAAGGAGCUCCAAGAUGAUGUUGUAAUUCAGCUGAAGAACACAGAGCCUGUUCCAGCUAAUUUUGUGGCUAUCUGCGUUUUCUGGGACUUCAAAUUCAAUAACGACUCAGGGGGCUGGAAUCCUAGAGGCUGCUCUGUCCGAAAAAGCACAGACAACGAGACGGUUUGUGGCUGCAACCAUUUGACAAGUUUUGCUAUCCUGCUGGACCUCGCCAGACAGCCUCUAACCAGCCGUACGCAGGCCACCAUCCUAACGUUUAUCACAUAUAUUGGCUGUGGAGUGUCGGCCAUCUUCCUCUCUAUCACCCUCCUCACCUACUUGGCCUUUGGGAAGUUGCGUAAGGACAUUCCCUCUAAGAUCCUGAUCCAGCUGUGCCUGGCUCUGCUUCUGCUCAACUUGGUCUUCCUGGUGGACGCCUGGCUGGCUCUCUACCCGGAGGCUGUGGGCCUCUGCAUCUCCACCGCCUGGUUCCUGCACUACUUCCUGCUGGUGACCUUCACCUGGAUGGGACUAGAGGCCGUCCAAAUGUACCUGGCCCUGGUGAAAGUCUUCAAUAGCUACAUUUCCCACUACAUGGUGAAGUUCUCGCUCGUCGGCUGGGGCGUCCCGAUGAUUGUGGUCAUUAUUGUCAUCGCAGUUGACAAGGAUAACUACGGCCUUGUCUCCUAUGGAAGGUUUUCCGAUGGCACUAGUGAUGGAUUCUGCUGGCUGAAAAAUGACAUUGCUUUCUACGUGUCAGUGGUGGCCUAUUUCUGCCUCAUAUUUGUGUUCAACUUCGUCAUGUUCGUGGUGGUGCUGGUCCAGCUGUGUCGGAUAAAGAGGCAGAACCCUCACAAUUUGCAUCACCGCAGCAUACUGCAGGACAUGCGCAGCGUGUCGGGGAUCACCAUCCUCCUGGGACUUACAUGGGGCUUCGCUUUUUUUGCCUGGGGGCCCCUUAACCUGCCAUUCAUGUACCUGUUUGCCAUCUUUAACUCCUUCCAAGGUUUCUUUAUAUUUAUCUUCUAUUGUGCGGGGAAGGAGAAUGUGAGGAAGCAGUGGAGGACCUUCCUGUGCUGCGGCAGAAUGAGGCUGGCAGAGAACUCAGAAUGGAGCCGCACUGCAACACAGAAGACCGCAACAAAGUCAUCAGUGAAUAGAGUCACAUCUCUUAAUUCCUCAAACUCGUCCCAGUUCAACAACUCAUCCAGCUCUUCCUGUUUCCUGGUCAGCGACUCCUCAGAGCUCACUAAUGGCAUCAGUAGCCAAUUUGAAGACCAUGUGAUCACAGCAGAAGACUACAGUACGGAUGUCGUCCUCAACGAGAUCAACAUGCAGUAUAGAAACCAACAAACGCCCUGAUCCAGAAAGGACUUGACUGUUUUUCAUGGGUUUCUUAGGGCAAUGUUUACCUUUUAUUGAUUCAGAUGGAUUGGAGAGGGGGGGGGAGACAUGCAGCAAAGGUCCGCAGGUCGGAGUCGAACCCCUGCAGGGAGCGCUCAGCUUAAUCUCUACCGGGUUUGCUUUGGGCAGCCCAGAACUGAAUAUUCAAAGGCUCUUAUUUUGAAAUACUUGUAUAUAAUGUUAAUAAAGACUAAUUUAUAUACUGUCCAUCUUCCUGUCACUUGUAUUAUAUGAUUUGUAAUGAGCAAUGGAAAUCCUACAUUAUAGCACUUGAUUUUAACACGCUAUCCUAUAUUUAAAUUUGUAUCUGGAAGGAACCUGGAUAACCUUUAUUCCUUUGUAUAGGGAUGUUAUUGAGAUACGUAGCUGAAUAAAAAUGGUACAUUACACACAGAUGUUGACUCAUUGUAAACUAUUCAAUAUUAGCACAGGCCAACAAGCUGGUAUCAUUUUCAAUGUGAAUUACUUGCCUUUUGAUUGUUGAAAAAAAUGAAGCAUGUUCACACUUAUUGUGUCAGCAUGCUAAUAUUACAGUAAGCAUUGAUCUCAGCAGAGGUUCAGUAGUUUCGGCAAUAUCAGAUGGAAACCUUCAUACAUCUAGCUGGAGCCAGUACGUUUUUCUCCGGGCCAUUUUUACUUGAAUAAGACAAUUAUAGCCAAUACAUAUUCCAUUAUAUAUAGUUGCAGAACAUACUGGUUUUCAAUACAGUGCCAACCUUUAUCAAUAGCUCACACUGAAACGUAAUUAUUCUUAUUAUUUUACUACCCAUUGUUUGUAUUGGCAUGUUUUCAAUUACAUUUAUUUUGGAGAAAAUAACAACAAAUCACACAUUUCCCCCUAAAACACAUUUAAUUGUAGAGGUCACAGAAAAGAACUCGAGUGGAACAGCAUUUGGUGAAAUUAUAUUGAAUAAAUAAAUGUAACCGAGUCGAACAGGGUUGAUCACGUGUAAACGUGCUGUGUACUGUAUAUGCAAGCUACAUUCACUGUCCUUUACAUGCACCUAAUACAGUAUUAAAAAAAAAUGUAAUAUAUAUUGUAGGAACCCAAAAGGUGCUAACAGAACAUGACAUAAAAACAGCACAAGCACAAAGGUGGCAUUAAAGUGGUGGAAUAGUUUCCCUUUUAAAACACAUUUGGACUUAAACACGUCAGUCUCACUGGGCAUGAUCACAUUGCUUUGAUACAAUCUGAAAUAAUCAAAUCACAUUUAAGAGGCAGUAACAAAAAAAACACAGCGCUUAAAAGCAUCUCAGUUUAGCUCUGCUGAGCCUAAACAUCACGACAUGAGCCUAUAACUCAAGUGCAGAGACGUCUGAAAACAAGAGGACACGCGCCUGUCGUACGAUGAGUUGUGUGUAUCAAAUCAAUGUUUA